AUGGGAAACAAACUAUCACCAGAAAAGAUGGUUGAAGUAAAAAAAUGGAUUGAUGAAAGUAUUGAAGGAAAUAAAAUUUUUGUUAUUUCUAAAUCAUAUUGCCCUUAUUGUGUAAAAGCUAAGAAAGCAUUAGAGUCAUUUAAUAUUAAAGAUGGAAGUAUGAAGUGGAUGGAUAUUGAGAAUCAUCCAGAAAUGAAUGCUAUUCAAGAUUAUAUGGGUGUUUUGACUGGAUCUAGAAGUGUACCAAAAGUUUUUAUUGGAGGUAAAUACUUAGGUGGAGGUGAUGAUACUGUUGCUGCCAAAAAUUCUGGAACAUUAGAGAAGAUGCUCAGAGAUGCUGGAGCUAUAUAA